AUGGCGGAAAAUCGACGAAAUGGCCGGAAGGGCUUCACGUCAAACCCUCAACCUCGAGUGUGUCCUCAUUUUCUGCGAAAAAAGUGUACAUACGGACAGGACUGCCGAUUCCUACAUGAUACUUCAAGCACCCAGAGAUCCGCCCGAGCCGAUCACCCCAACACCCCCAGCGCUCCUCGAGAUGGGAAAUUGCAGCAGUGGAAGAGACUCAUUAAACUGGGAGACUCUGGAUCCAGCUCGCCUGAGUUGACGAAAGCUAUCGUGGCCCAGUUCUUCCAGCUCGGUCUAGAGUUGUUGGGCGGUGAUAUCGGCGCUGCACAAGAAGCAAUCAAACUUUUUGCCAAAGAUUCUGGCCUGAUGUUCAUCAAGGCUUUGACUGAACGGCAUAUCACACAACCCGGAAAUACAACCAAGCUCGAUCUGUGGAAGUCCGAAAUCGAACCUCUAUUUUCCCUCAUCGCACACCCCCGAGUUGUAGAUUCAGCCGUGCUUGAACAGCAAGUCGCCGAGCUGUUCAACUUUCUUCUUGGAGUUCAGGGCCGCCGCAUGUCGACAUUAUUCAACUUCAUUCUCCAGCUGAUCGCUGAGUUGGCACAUCCGACACAGAGUACUUUACAGCUUGGAAUCCUAGAGCUUUCGCUCGACGUACUUUCAAAAAUAAUCGAUUGCAACACCAACAAUAUCGUCAAUCCUGAAUGCGGCAGGCUGGUUUCUGCAUUCGCUAAGGCCUUACAUCGCCACUCCAACAGCAAGGACAAUUUCUCAUUCAUACAGGCGUCCAAGUAUGUCGAGUACAUGCAACAACGAUUAGACACUGGCAAGGAUAUUCCAGAUAUGACAUUCAACACUCAUAUCCCAGUAUCGAGGGAGACUUUCGUGCUCAAACGAAAUGGUCCAGGCACACUCUCUGCAGACGGACGCCGCCAUGACAAUGACCACACAGACAUCAGAAAGAUACAAAUUAUGCCUACCUUCGAUGAGAUUGUAUCACCCCGCGCAGAGUACUUGCCAACUAAAUAUCCUUCCCAAUGGCAUAUUGAAGGCAUCCGAGGCCGGCUAGAUCGAGAGUUCCGACUCGUUCGAGAGGACACAGUUGGUCAGCUCCGAGACGUUGUACGUGACAUGUUGGAAGCUGCUCGAGACCCAAAGAAAGACCCUCUUCGAAAGUCUAAAACCAUGAGAACUUAUACCUACGAAAGACCAAUGCCCAUUCAUAUAAACUGGCAUCGCAUUGGAGGGCUAGAGAUGGUUGUGUGCUGCAAGCAACCCCCUGCCGUUGGGAAGCUCAACGCGAAACAACGACGGGAGUGGUGGGGACACUCCAAGAGAUUGCAAGCUGGUGCGCUUGUCUGUCUCUUUGAUCUCAACGGGACAGUGUUAUUUUGCGUGGUGUCUGACACCACAAUGAGAUCGAAGGACGACAAAAAAGAGAGAAAAUCGCAAAAGAAGGCCGAGGACCCAGAGCCUGAUGAAGAAGUUAGAACACUGUCGGACGAUGAGGCUGUUCUAUAUGUAAAUCUGAGACUCGUGGACCCAACUGGCACAGAUAUAUCUCAUGCCAUGCGAUGGUACAACGACACCCAAUCUUCUCAUCGUCGAUAUCUUGUGGAGUUCCCAGGAGUUCUUCUUGACUCAUUCAAACACACUCUAUCAGCUCUACAAAAGAUGCAUGAGAAACCAGACAUUCCAUUCAAGAAUUUGUUGGCGCCCAAGAACGAUUCAGACUCCAAUGUGGAUAUCGGACUACCUCAAUAUGCGAGAGCUCCAGGCUUUGCUUUCAACCUGGGCUGCCUUACCACUGAUAAAUCCGCGCUCGCCAUGAACCCUCGCUCGCCUCUUACGCCCGAAGCUCUGGCUCUCAAAACCAGCCUCGAUCCCACUCAAUCUGCCGCCUUGUUGAACACUCUGACUAGAGAAUUGUCGCUUGUUCAGGGCCCUCCGGGUACGGGCAAAAGUUACACUGGAGAAAAGAUCAUCAAGGUUCUUCUGGGAAGCAGAAAGAAAGCGAAGCUAGGUCCGAUCCUCUGCGUCUGCUACACAAACCAUGCUCUGGAUCAGUUACUUGAACAUCUCCUCGACGACGGAAUCAAAAGCAUCAUCCGUAUGGGAUCACGUUCUAAAUCCGAACGACUUGAGAAUCUGAACUUGCGCACUAUUGCCAAAGAGGUGCUCCUCACGAAGUCUGAAAAGUGUGACCUGUGGGAAGCUGACCAAAGUAUCCACCAAAUUGUCGAGGAGGGGAAGGGACUGCUGCAGGAGCUUGCCUUGUGCCAAUCAUGGACCUCAAUCAAGGCCUUUCUAUCGUCCGAAUACCCUAGUCAAUACGCAGAGAUCUUUGGACAAGAUCGCGAUGGGUGGGAAACCGUCAUCCAUCAGCCUGAGAUGGUUAUUCGUCGUUGGCUUCAGGGCGGAAAUCAUGUUACAGGAAGCCGCCCUAGGCGACUUCGACAGCUCAAGCUUGCGCCACUUCAAACUCUGACCAGGGAAGAACGGGCCAUCCUCCAUCGGCACUGGGUCGAGUCAAUCAGGGACCCAAUCAUAACUAAACUCGCAAGACUGGAUCAAGAAUACAAAAACUCCGUACGACACAAAGACGAGAUCCGUGGGGACAUUGACCUGCGCUGUCUCAAUGAGGCAGAUAUCGUUGGCGUAACUACGACAGGAUUGGCCAGAAACUUGACUCUAUUGCGAAAGCUGCGAUGUAAGGUGAUGCUCUGCGAAGAGGCGGGUGAGGUUCUCGAAGCCCAUAUUCUAACUGCCCUUCUUCCUUCCAUCGAGCAUGCCAUCCUGAUUGGCGAUCACCUCCAACUUCGCCCUCAGAUACAAAAUUACGAUCUGCAAAGUACUAAUCCGCGUGGAAAGCAAUUCUCCCUUGACGUUUCUUUGUUCGAGAGACUAGUUGAGCCAUCGAUCGACACAGCGGCGAAGAUACCUUACAGUGUACUGGAGACGCAAAGACGAAUGCAUCCCUCAAUCGCCGAGCUAGUCCGAUCGACCCUAUACCCGUCCCUCAAAGACUCAACGAACGUCGAAGAGUACCCACAAGUAGUGGGCAUGAGACGACGCCUAUUCUGGUUCAAUCAUGAUCAACCUGAAACUGCAAACGAUAAUAAUGACUCGAUCAACACUUCUAGGUCCAACAGCUUCGAGGUCGACAUGACAGUGUCUCUAGUUUCUCACCUAUCACAGCAGGGUAAAUACGGAGCAGGAGAUAUUGCAGUCAUCACACCAUACCUGGGACAGCUUCAACUCUUGCGCCGCAAGAUGGAAUCCAUGUUUGAGAUUUGCGUCAACGACCGGGACGCAGAAGAACUCGAGGCCGUUGAAGGAGAGGGUGUUGAUGCUGGUGUGCCAAUUAUCGGCCCCCUUCGAAAGACAACCCUCCUCAAAACUGUCAGAGUAGCGACUGUGGACAACUUUCAGGGUGAAGAGGCCAAGGUUAUCGUGAUUUCCAUGGUUCGAAACAAUCCUCAAAAGGAGUGUGGCUUUCUCAAGACCUCCAACCGCAUCAACGUUCUAUUGUCCCGUGCACAGCACGGCAUGUACAUCAUUGGAAACAGCAACUCGUACGAGAAGGUACCUAUGUGGGCGGAUGUUCUCGAAAUCCUGGCCAUCGGUCAGAACAUUGGCCCCAAGCUGGAACUACAGUGCCCCAGACAUCCAGAAAUAGCUAUGCUGGUCUCUCAUCCCGAACACUUCUCUCAAAUGUCUCCCGAGGGUGGUUGUCGACUUGUUUGCGACAAGCGAUUGACGUGUGGCCAUCCCUGCAAGCGCAAGUGUCACUCAGAUACACUUCACCGCGCUGUCAAGUGCUUGGAAGCCUGUCCCCGAUUGAAGCAAGGAUGCAAUCAUGCUUGUCCUCUCAAAUGCGGAGAACCUUGUCAGAAGAAAUGUCUGGUCAGACUUGAAAUCGAUGUACUUCUUCCAUGUGGACAUCACCUUUCUUCGCCGAAAUGCUGGGAAGCGCAACAUCCAAACUCUGUCCGUUGCGUGAAAAUGGUCACCAAGAACGUCCCAGGAUGUGCCCAUGAAGUAUACGUCAAAUGUUGCGAAGAUGUCACGACGGAUGAUUUCAAGUGUCUUUCACCAUGUGGUAGUAAUCGCACCUGUGGACAUACCUGCAAGACGCGUUGCUUCCAAUGCAACACACGCAAGGGUGGAAAGAUCAUACAGCAAAACCAUGCUGCGCUCAAAGUUGCCAUGGCGAAGCACCUUGUCAGCCGUGCAGGGAACGAUGCGAAGUCCGUUGCGUUCACUCACGAUGCGACAAGCCUUGCAGCGAGCCUUGCGCUCCCUGUGCUCAGGAAACGUGCGCUUCAAGAUGUGUCCAUUCCCAGUUUCCUAGGCUGCGGUCAUCAAUGCCCAUCACUCUGUGGAGAAGUCUGUCCUCCUUCGAAAUUCUGCCAGGUCUGCGCAACUGAUGAUAUAAAGUCAGUAUGUGUCGACUUCAUCAUGAUGACGGAAUACCGAGACAUUGAUCUUGACAAAGAGCCUUGUGUCUUCCCUAACUGUGGGCACUUCCUCGCUGUCUCUUCAAUGGAUGGUCAGAUGGAAAUGGCAGCACACUAUACACUCGAUGCCGACGGUCUUCCCAUAAAGAUCCUGCAGAGCUCUGAACCUUUCUCUUUGGAUGGUCAGGAUAUCAAGUCUUGUGCCACCUGCCGUGGGUCUCUUCGUAGUGUUUCACGAUACGGCCGAAUCGUGCGCCGAGCAAUGCUCGACGAGUCUACCAAAAAGUUCAUCUCAUGGUCAAACGACGAGUACCGCUCAGUGGCGUCAGGACUUGCCGCUGAGCAGGAACGCCUCGCCACUAGUAAACCUCCUGCGAUACUGGGGCGCAAACCUGGGACGAAUGCCAAUUUGACUGUUACAGGCUCACGCCAGAGGCAACUGCAGGUUCUGACAGAGUUUGUUCAUACGAGAUACGAUUCCAUUCUCAAGUUCCGGAAGACUGUGGUAUUAUAUGCCGCCAAAGUGAGAAGGGAGGAACAACCGUUCCAGCGCGUCGCAAAUCUUGUUAGGCACUCCAACCUUCAUCGGGGUGGGCAGAGCGAAUUCCGAUACGACCAGGCUGUCAUACAAGCAAAAGGGACGCUCCUCUCGGCUGUCUUGCUUUUGAAAUGUGACAUAUUGAUUCUUUCCGACUUCUUCGGGCUCAUUGUCGGUGCGGAUUCAAGAUUUCCCGCAUCAGCAGUCCAACUCGACUUUUCCUGCUUCAUGAAUGAUUGCGAUACUUUGAUCAAAGAUGCACAGACUGCUUUGUAUCCACGAGAGGAGACUCAGGGUUACAUCUUUUAUGCUCAGCUUUGCGCCUUCUCCCGUCACUGUGCCUCUGCGCCAUCGCCAUCGACUCAGCACGAUGCCCAGGCUUCAGUGCCUGUAUCUACCGCUGAACCUGACUUACUGGACCAGCUACGUGACAGAGGGCUCGAUCACAUUUCAAAAGCGAGAGCACUUCUCGAGAAGAACCAGUCAUGUGCGUUCCUCAAGAACGAGAUAGACGCUGCGGAAGAAUCUUUAAAUGGUGGAGUUUAUCGGCCUGUUACAGCCGAGGAGUUGAGACAAGUGUAUGCUGCGUCUAUGGGAGAGCUACGUGGAACGGGACAUUGGUACACGUGUCGUAACGGGCACCCUUUUACUAUCAACAAUUGUGGCAUGGCGAUGCAAGAAGCAACGUGUCCAGAGUGUGGAGCACCGAUCGGUGGACGGAACCAUGUGUCAGUCGAAGGUGUAAGACAUGCUACAGAGAUUGAAGAUCUUGCGAGAGAAAUGGGAGGAGUGCGUUUGUAG